CACUUGAGCAAGUAAACCAGGUGCGGCGCAGACGCAGAGAGAAAGAAAGGAAGCAAGGGGAGGAACAGGAUCUAGGGGCUGCUAUGGCGUCGGCGGCGAGCAGGAAGGCGCCGUCGCUGGUGGUGGCGGCAAGCGUGGGCGCCGUGGAGGCGCUCAAGGACCAGGCGGGCCUGUGCCGCUGGGGCUACCCGCUCCGCUCGCUCUACCGCCACGCCGCCGCCGCGCCCAGGGUCCGCGCCCUGUCCGCCUCGCUCUCCGAGGCAGCGGCCGCCGCGGCUCCCCGACCGGCGCCUUUGUCCGCGGAGGACGCGAAGCUGCGCAAGGCGCACCACCUCGUCUGCUGGGGCCCCAACUGAGCUCCUUCUCUCCGCUUCAUGUCACCACCGGCACAUGAGCAUAUAUAAGUAGCUGAUGAAUGCCUGUGUCAAUGGUGUCGGGAUUAGUAACAAAAGGCUUGCUUUGCUGUUUCGCCGGAGAAAGCAGAGCCGUCAUUGUGUGCAGCGCCGGUGAACCGCUCCGGCCUCGGAGGAGUAGGACGGUUCAUCAACGCUGCACUCAAUGGCACCUUUGCGUCUCUUCCUCCUCUUCGUCUUCCCCAGUAGUAGUGUCUGGUUGCAUCUGGCUAGCUUAGCUUCCGUAGACGCAAGCAGGAAUCAUGGCUUUAGCUUUUGAGGCCGGGACAUCACCCAUUUUCUUUUGUAGUAGUAUGAUGAGGUGUGCGAGGCUAUUACGAUGGUUGUACUGCGGUGGAGAACUGACCGGCGUUGUUGUACUACAGAUCGUACUAUGCUUAUGUUGUGACUUGUGUCGA